CAUACUUUCAUUUCCUAAAAAUUACACCAAACUAGUCGAUAGUCCAACAAUACUACUAGAGAAAGAGAGUAGCUACCUCCGAAAUGGCUAUGGCGAUGGUCCGAUCUGGUCUUCUCCGAACCGCUCUGCGUGGUGGCUCUCGACCCUCUGCUCCUCCCAAGCGCAACUUCGCCUCCUCUGCUCACCACGACGAUGCCUAUGAGACGGCAAAAUGGGAAAAGAUAACAUUUGCAGGCAUUGCUACCUGCACCAUUUUAGCAAUUUAUAACCUAUCAAGGGGCCAUCCCCACUUCGACGAGCCUCCUCCAUACCCAUAUUUACACAUUCGCAACAAGGAGUUUCCAUGGGGUCCUAAUGGGCUUUUUGAGGUGAAGCACGAGCACCACUAAGGCAUUGAGUCCAUAGCUACCAAGUGUUGCACAUUCUUUCCAUCCUGUCAGAUUCUAUCGUACUACCUUUGGAUGUUGAUGAUCAGACUUUCUUUUUUGCAUUAUGGAUUCUGGUCUAAUACUUGCAAGUGGCAAGUUGUUUAGUACUUGUUUUGUGUUUUCUUUUUCCCAUACUUUCAGCUAAAUAAAAUUGAUGAUAGUCUGGAUGAUUCACUUUCCAGCUGAUUGAUUUUAA